AUGGCAACGAUAGCGACUGCGAUGAUCAAAUGGACACCUCGUACAUGGAACCCCAAUUGAUGUUGGAUGAGUACGAUGAGCCCGUCGAAUUCAAAUUCGAUCCCAAUGCCACCAGCUCACCAUCACAACAGAAUACCCCCAAUGUUUUAGCCGCGCAAGCGCAACAACAACACGUAGAACGUCAACUAUUACUCGCGCAACAAAAGAAACAACAAUUGAUCGAAGCUGCUGCCGCUACCGCUGCUGCCAUGAAAUUAUCAGGCGAGGCAGGCGCUAGUGGCAUGCCGAGUACCGUGACGCUGCUCAAUUCAAUGGUUAGCAUACCGAAACUGACACCCAUUGGCAAAGUGUCUAAGGUGAAAGUGAAUAAGCGUACCAAAUUGAAGCAGAAUGGCGUUAGCGGAGCCGGUGGCAAUAUUACUGGCAACCUUACUACUACCGGCAACGAUUCCAAGAAUCUCUCGUGCGAUUAUAUGGAUAUGUUCAAUUCCAACUAUAUCGGCAACAAUCCGAGUGCAGCUGCCGUAGCUGCCGCACAAUUAAGUAAACUGAAAGGCGCUCUAAGCGGCAGUACAACCAUCAGCUCCAGCGCCGCUGGUUCACCUCCGGCUAAAACCAAAUUGAAUACAUCGGGUAGCGCUUUGCCCGAAGGCGAAGCGGAAGGUUCCGUCCGUGACUAUUGUACCAAAGAGGGUGAGCAUACCUACCGCUGUAAGGUAUGCUCGCGCGUCUAUACACACAUCAGCAAUUUUUGCCGCCACUAUGUGACAUCACAUAAGCGCAAUGUCAAAGUGUAUCCCUGUCCCUUCUGUUACAAAGAGUUUACGCGCAAGGAUAAUAUGACGGCGCACGUAAAAAUCAUACAUAAAAUUGAAAAUCCCUCAACAGCGUUGGCAGCAGCCGCGGCAGGUGGUGUGACCACAUCACCAGCACCACAAUCGGCGGCGGUGUCGACAGCAUCUACACCGACGCCACCCGAUUUGGCGCCACAAAGCUCAAAUCAUUCGGCGACUGGUGUGUCAACAACAGUAGCAUCGGCGGCAUCUUCCACCUCGUCCUCGUCGACGUCAUCGACAACAUCGCUGGCAUUGGGUGCGGGGCGUUUACCCGAAGCGACGGCGGCGGCGCAAUAAGCCUAUGCCUUAAGCACAUUAGAGACUACUAAAUUAUAAUUACAUAAAAAAAAAGCUUAAAAAAAGAAACAGUUAGAUGUUUAGCAACAACAAUCUUGGGUGAUUGGGUACACAUACAUAUGUAGAUACAUACGUAUAAAUAUGUAUAUUUCCAUUUGUUUAUUGCAAGGCAAGGUGUUAUGUAAGUCCAGAAAGAGCAGAGUAUUGGUAGGGAGUAGUGCGUCUAAUUUACAUUCACACAUACACAUAUGCACCCUCACGCAUACACACACGUACACGCAUACACCCUACUAAACACAAAAAAAACCCUUUCAUUAAAACGUAGUAAAGUUAUAGGAAUUAAAAUACUUUACACUUUGAGGUUUGUCAAGGACAAAAAAUGCAGGAAAAAGGCUUCCAAAAUGCGCAAAAAGGUUUAAAGCAAAAUGCUUUUUGUGCGCGUUUAUUUUCGUUUUUUUUUUUGUUUUUUUUUAGAAAGAGAGCAGGGAGUGAAAACGUUCAAAACGUUAUCCAAAUGUUAGGAUUCGCUGUUUCGCGCAUAUUUUCUUUAAUAUUAAUUUUUAGCAUCUUCGAUAUUCUUUUUGCAAUUUCAUUAAGUUUAUUUGUUUCGUAAUUUUAAAUUAUUUAAUUCUUAUUUUUUUUUGGAUUUUCUUGCGUUUAGCCUAAAAACACAAUGAAUAUAUUAUAUUAAAUUAAAAACGUAUCAGCUUUUCAAAACAUGUCCAAGAAAUUCGGGAAUUUACUAUUUCUUAUGCGAAAAUGAUUAAAACGCAAACAAAUAGUUGUAAAAAUGUUAAUGCUAAUAGUUUACAAAGUAGUGGAGUAAUGGUGGAAGUGGGCGAAAACAAAACAAGUUUUGUCUGUGCACAACUAAGCUUUUUUUUUUAUUUUUUUUUUUGUUAUUUAGUAAAAAAAUUUUGAUACAAAAAAAAACGCAGACAGCAGAAAAUUCGAGGCGUGACAUAGAAAGUUCCGAUACUUCUUUUCACAGUCAAGAUUUCCUGGUUUCCGAAUUUGUUUAGUUGGCUUCAUAAAGCUGUCACGGAUGGAUAUAUUUUGGUCGUGCCUGAUCUAAAUAUACAUUUUUGUUAUUUCAAUAAAAGCUUCGUUUACUUUGGAGGCUUGAGAGAAUAUAAUUUCCUAAUAAAUAAUUUUGAGGUUAAAAUUAAAAGCAAAAUUGGCAAACUUUGUCUUGAAGAUAUAUUAUUAUGCCGGGCUAUUCAUUUUCUACUCGAGUAAAGUAAAGUAAAAAACACAAAAUUUUAAAAUUUCUAUCAAAUUUCAUUUAAAAAUAAAAUCUUUCGCACAAUUCGGGCAAUAACUCGACCAUUACUUGGCGUAUUUUGUCCUUCAAUUGCUUCACAGUUAUGUAUUGUUCUUGCCGAUCACCCAAUGUUAAAUGGCCUAUUAGAAUUGCGAGGUUAUU